GCCUACAAUCUUAUCCACCCAAGAACUGAAAACAUGGCUACUAUCCUCUCCACUACUGUUCUCAAUCUCUUCUUGAUCCCAUCUUUCUUUCUCGCUCUCCUACUCACCCCAGCUUGCAAAGCUGACAACAUCUUAUAUCCGGGUGAAACUCUCUGCACUAACGACCAUCUGGAAUAUGGGAGCUAUAGUUUUACAAUUCAAGAAGCCUGCAAUCUGGUCUUAUAUGAUAACGGAAACCCCAUUUGGGCAUCCAACACUGGCGAGCGGUCUAGGAAUUGCCAUUUCACCAUGCGAACUGAUGGGAAUCUUGUGGUAUAUGAUCCUAACGGAGUUGCAAUUUGGGCUAGUAAUACUGACCGAGACGAAGGCUUCUACGUUCUAAUCCUUCAAAAGGAUAGAAAUGUAGUCAUCUAAUGUGGGGCCAUUUGGGCUACUGCUAGUAAUACAUAUGAGAGCAGUGCAAUGCCAGUGGUCACUGUGGUCAGCGCCGCUAAAACUAAUCGCACCGCUGUGGUUGAUGGAUCUGGGAUCAUCACAAACAUCUGAGAAGAUCAAUGCAUUGUGUUGAAAUGCAUACAUUUUCCUUUGGCCUAAGUUCUAUAUUUAUCUAUGUGUGUGCUGCAUGUCUUGUUUGAAAAUUUGAAUGAAUCUUAGUAAUAUAUUAGAGUACUUUUGGGUUAA